AUGUGGAUGCAAUUUAGUUUGCGGGGAAAUUACAAGUGGUAUGAUAUAUUGCCUACUCUUAUUUCCAACUACAAUGAUACCAAACGUAGAACAAUUGGAAUGAAGCCUAAAGAUGUUACAUCAGAAGAAGUUGAAAUUUUAAAAGAAAGGAUCUCUAAACUGAGAAAAAUUCCUUUAAGACGACCAAAGUAUAAAAUUGGUGACAAAGUUCGAAAUCAACCCAUCAGCGGAGGAUUCUAUGAAGAGGAACUUCUUAAAGUAAAAUAUUCAGAUAUUUAUCUUGUGGAAAAAAUUCUCAAGACACGUGGAAACAAAGUUCUUGUCAAAUGGCUUGGCUUUGAUAAUUCUCACAAUACGUGGGAAGAUAAAGCAAAUGUAUAA